AGGUUUAGUUACAAAACUCUUACCGGAUAUUACAUCGCCUUCUUAAGGAAACAUGGGUAACUCCGUCACACUUCAGCUUAUCUCCACGUCACGUGCGGACUUUUCUUUCUAUCCCUCCCCCCUUCGAAGGCUGAUAACUGCGCGGGCGGCGCGGGCGCAGCCAACCGCCUCAGUCUCCCCCCGACCACCACGCGGAGCGGACGUGUCGCUCUCGUCCCACUCCAUAAACUCCUUAAAAACAUCCCCAGUGCUCAAACAGUGAUACAAAACAGUGUUCCGUGUUUAAAAAGUGCUAACACAGGAUAUGUGAUAGUGUUAAAGUGAUUUUCACAAGCAACCAGUUACCGCUGGGUCUCGCUCCGGUAGCUCGGUUAAUAACUGUUGGAUCUACAGUGACUGUGUAAUAGUGGCUUGCUAAGAUUUAGUGCCUGUGGAGAGGUCACCUACCUUCGGGUAAACCUUAUUGCAGUAAGCUGGAGCGACAGUCUGGAAAUUGGAUUCUAUCGAGUGUGGAGGUGUUCGUUGUAAUAGAAGUAGUGUUUGCUUCUGUUGAAUGCGGACCUCUUACUGAGGAUUGAUGGUUGAAACCAAAAACUGAACUAUAAAUGAAUAAGUAUUCAGUGAAGCGACUGUGAUAAAAAUAGUGUUACAAAUCAAUGUUAAUAUGAACGAACUUUGAGUGAUGUGAAAAUGGAACGUAAGCUUACCAGAGAAGACUUCAUGAGGAAGAGCUUUAGGGCUGCUCCGAGGGUCUCACCCGCUCCGGACCCCGAGCCGACGGUCAAUGGCGCCCCACCACCAUCCCCAGUGUCCCUGGCCAUGUUGGAGCGCACCCCACAACCGCAGAGAACUCAAUAUGAGAUCACCUCAGCAGGCAUUGCCCCGAAGAGGCUGGAGAUCAACCGAGCGCACCCAAUCCACCUCAAAUCAUUCCAAGAUCCACCAGAAGAAAACGCCCCCUCUCCACCCUCAGACGACGUUCUAAGAAAGUUGGAGCGACAAAUUGGUGAGAUGGAACGGGGAUUGGAAAGAGCGCAGAACGGGACAGUCGCAGUCGAUGAGAGAGUUCGUUACGCUGAACACGAGAACUUGCUUCGAACUGGGGUUUCUUCCGUCGGUGGUGGCGGGUAUCUGGCAGCAGACUCCGACACGGAACACGACGUCGUUCCGUUCAAUAGAAACGAAAGCACCAGAAGCAGCACAGGCGGCGCCACUCCGGUUCCAAGACCGGCCACCAGACUGGCUAGAACCAACUCUGACACUCAACAACACCAGGUAGCCGCCACAGCGAGACUCAUGCGCAAACUAGCCGACGGUGGCACUAAAGACGAAAAGACUAAAGUGAUAUCUCGGAAGGCGAUCCAAGCCAGAAUGGAAAGAGUGAAGAACUCGGUUGUUGGGACGAAGCACGAACACAGGGUUUUGGCUGAACACAGAAAUGAACCUGUAUCCCCGAGGACGCCUACGUCUCCGAUCUCGCCUCGCUCGUCAAUUCAGAGUGCGUCGGAGUCGUCGGCGGGCGCGGGCGGCGGCGCGUCUGGCGGCAGCGCGCGCGUAUCCUCGCGCUCACGCACCUCAGAGGAGCCGCAUAUCGGGAAGUACAAAUUGCUGAAGACGAUCGGCAAGGGCAACUUCGCGAAGGUGAAGCUCGCGAAACAUGUGCCCACUGGCAAGGAAGUCGCCAUCAAGAUCAUAGACAAGACGCAACUCAACCCGGGCUCGCUACAGAAACUCUUCAGAGAGGUGCGGAUAAUGAAAAUGCUGGACCACCCCAACAUCGUGAAGCUGUUCCAGGUGAUAGAGACCGAGAAGACGCUCUACCUCGUCAUGGAGUACGCGUCUGGUGGAGAGGUGUUCGAUUACCUGGUGCUGCACGGGCGGAUGAAGGAGAAGGAGGCGCGCGCCAAGUUCCGACAGAUCGUCUCCGCCGUGCAGUACUGUCACCAGAAGCGGAUCAUACAUAGGGACCUUAAGGCGGAGAAUCUCCUGUUAGACGGCGAGAUGAACAUCAAGAUAGCAGACUUCGGGUUCUCCAAUGAGUUUACGCCGGGAGCGAAGCUGGACACGUUCUGUGGUAGCCCGCCCUACGCCGCGCCUGAGCUCUUCCAAGGCAAGAAGUACGAUGGUCCAGAGGUGGACGUGUGGUCUCUGGGCGUCAUCCUGUACACGCUGGUGUCAGGUUCGCUGCCCUUCGACGGCUCCACGCUGAGGGAGCUUCGAGAAAGAGUGCUUAGGGGGAAAUACAGAAUACCAUUCUACAUGUCAACGGAUUGCGAGAAUCUACUAAAGAAAUUCUUAGUUCUAAACCCGGCGAAGCGAGCGUCUCUCGAAAGCAUCAUGAGAGACAAAUGGAUGAACACUGGUUACGAAGACGACGAGCUCAGGCCGUACGUGGAGCCGCAGCAGGACUUCAAAGAUCACAAGCGGAUAGAGGCGUUGGUGUGCCUGGGGUACAACCGACAAGAAAUCGAGUACUCAUUGGCGGAGGCGAAAUAUGACGACGUGUUCGCCACGUAUUUAUUGCUCGGAAGGAAAAGCACUGAUCCGGAGUCGGACGGCAGCCGGUCGGGCUCGUCGCUGUCACUGCGUAACGCCGCGCAGCCGCAGCAGGCGCAGGCCGCGCACGCGCAGAACUCGCACACAGGCGGGGCUGGCGGCGGCUCGCCCUCGCACCGUGGCGUGCAGCGCUCCAUCUCGGCCACCGCGCGACCUGCGCCCUCCCGCCGCGCCUCCUCCGGCGCUGAGGUGCUGCGGACGCAAGUGGGUACCACCACGAGUGCGGCCAACAAUACCACCCCCACUGCCACCACCACCACUUCGAACUUCAAAAGACAGAACACAAUUGACUCUGCGUCUAUCAAAGAGAAUACAGCGCGGAUCGCCCAAAUGCAGGUACAGUCGGGCACACGUCCCAGCAGCGCGGCCCCGAAGCUGGAGGCGCGCGCCCGCACGCUGACGGGCGCGGCGCGGCGCGCCCACUACGACGCGCCGCCGCAGCACCCGCCCAAGCUGUCGCCCACCAGCGACUCGCCCAGCGCCCCGGCGGAGACUAAAAACGGUACCGGUAAUACCGGUAAUACUGGUACCGGUACAAACGGUACCGGUGCGGCGGGGAACAGCAAGACGCACGUGAAAAGCGCCUCCAUCUCGUCGUCGAGCGGGCAGCCGCCGCUCGGCGCCGAGGCCGCACCGCACAACGCCUCAGCGCGAGACCUGGCGCAACCGAGACCGAGCUUGAACUCUGCGCUGACGCCGGCAGCGGCGGGCGGAGGCGCGGCGGCGGGUGCGCGGCGCGAGUUCUCCAACCCACUCGUGUUCCCAAGGAACGUGCCUUCACGGUCCACCUUCCACUCCGGCCAGACGCGGUCGCGCGGCGCGAGUGCGGGCGGCGCGUACGGCGACGGCGGGUCGCCGCACCAGGCGCGGCCGUCCUUCUUCUCCAAACUGUCGUCACGCUUCUCCAAGCGGUUGAAUCAGAACCCGUGAAGACGCGCCUGACAGCUGAAGAGAAGAUAUUUUUUAAUCUGUAGCUAAUUAUAAAUUCCCGGUUGUGUACUCAAAGUAUGCUGAGACAGGGAGUUUGUAUUUUUACUGUUCAGUGUGGCAACGGAACAUUAUUAAGAUACAAAUAGCAAUUUGUAUUUUGUUUAAUAUGAGUUUGUAUUAACCAGAUAUUUCAAAAAUUCACGAAUUCCAUCUAAUUUCUUUGUUGUCCCACUGCUGCGAAAAUUCCCCUGUUGAUGACGGGGUAGCAAAUAUGAUGCUACUUCUACACGUAAACCUACGUUUUUCACUUCGUUUUACAAUUUUAUAGUAAUCAUAAAUAAAUACUUCCAAAGUAAAUUUCUUAUUGGAUAUGUCCUUCUAAAAAAAUGUAUGAAAUGGUUGAUGAAUGUGGAGUUAACAAGAGAAGCAUAGUAGGAUCGAAGCAAAUAGAAUUCCACAGUCUCUUCUUACCCUGGCGGGACUAGCUCCCGCCGCGUAAGUUUAUGUAUGUAUGUACUUUCGACAGGAAAAAAUUGAAAUUUAAAAAAGACAUAAUGUAGGUUUUAUAUAAUAUCGGUACCUACAUCAUCUCUAAAUAACUAAAUUGAAAUAUUUACUAAUCUUGGAAUCGUUUGUUUGUUUGUAUACUCUUUAUUGUUUUAGAAUACAAAGAAAAUUUACAUAUAAUUUAUCGUUAGAUAAAGCAUAGGCGAGCUUAUCCCUAAUUGGGAUUUCUUCCAGUUAACCUUGGACAGCCUGAAAGAAACUCAGUGGGCCGGUGUGUGGUGGAAUCGUGGUUUUUAUACCGGUUAAAAUUCAACAUAACAUAUGCUCACAACUAUAUCCUAAUUGGGGUAGUCAGAGGUACAUCCGUCGCAGGAUAAACUAAGUACCUACACCUCACCGAGUUUUCUACCAGACCAACGCGAUAGACGAUGAGUCAUAUCGUGGUGGUAUAUUCGUAGUAAAAAAUAGCUUUUGUUUUUUCUAAAAUCAUUUUUAUAACAUACCUAAUAACAUCAUAGUGCCUAAAAUUCAAAGUAGUCAAUCUUUUUUUUUUUAAGAAAUAGAAUGCCAUCCGUUUUCACACUGAAUAGAAUAAACGUUGUUUGUAAGUGUUAUGAACAUUAUUAUAAGAAGUCCAAUAGUUGCGUCGGAAACGAGUUUGAAUUACAUUUAGCAUUUUAUUAAAAUCGAUUAUUUUCGCGACGACAUUGCUGCCUACAUGUUAUUUUAGUGAAAUUAAUAAAAAAGAUUUUUUUUUUAAUUUUGGACAUAUAAAUCUUUGGCAAUGAAUCUCUUUGAAAUUAGCUAUGUA